GUUCUCGUAUCGACAUAGUCAGGCCGCAUCUGUCACUUUUGACAUUUGUAAUAAUUUCGGCUGCUUGGGCAGUAGGAAUCAGUUUGCUGAUAAUGGCCACAGCAAUAAAUAAAAAAUACACGAAUUAUGCACAUUUUAGUGAUGUACUGUGAACAUAAAUAACUUUCGACAUCCGACUAAGGAACAGACAGAAUGUAACAUUUUAUGUUUACCAAAGUGUCUUAACAUUGAAAAAAAUUAUGCCAUAUGUAAUCCACAUGAUUCUGGAAAUCAAGUAACAUACAGUUCGCAAUGGCUUUAACAGCUCUACCAAAUAAUCCAAUGAACUUCACUGAGAAUCAACAUGGAAAUGUUGUGUUAGAGAAACUGAAGGCACAGAGGGAACAAGGAAGAUUUUGUGAUGUGACUUUGUAUGUUGAAGGAAAGCAAUUCCGUGCCCAUAGAAAUGUUUUAGCAUCGUGUUCACCAUACUUUGACUCAAUACUGAAAAUGCAUCGAACUGUUAAAGAGCGAUUGACAGUUACGUGUCAGAACUCUGAUAUAUUCCAUUGUUUACUUAAUUAUAUGUACACCGGAUCAAUAAUAAUAGAUAAAAAUAAUGUUACAGAAUUGUUACGUCUUGCUAAUCACUUUAUUGUAACAAAACUUAAAAGCUAUUGUGCAGAAUAUUUGGACCGGUACUUAGAUAUCACAAAUUGUUUGUCAGUUAAAGAAAUGGCAGAAAAGUACAACAUGCCUGCAUUGUCUAAAGCAGCAACCUUGUUUGUACAAGUACAUUUAAACAAGGUGAUACUACAGGAUGAAAUAUUAACUUGUUCAUUACCAAAAAUAGAAGCAUUUUUCUCUGACAAGGCCUGGAGUGUUCCUCAGAAUGCUAUUCUAGGUCUAAUUACCCGAUGGAUCAAUUAUGAUGUUAAUUUAAGGGAGCGUCAUAUGAAAACACUGUUAAUGUUUGUGAACUGGAAUACACUGGAUGGAGCUGCUAUAUCUGAACAUAUUGACCGUGAACCAUUGUAUUCAAAUAGUGAGAUAUCACUAUACCUCAUUCUUCAAGCUCUUGUUGAAAAUAAUCUUCUGUUUCCAAAGUAUCAGAGUAUUUAUCAAGCGCUUCAGGAUAAAUUCUCACAGACUGGUUUCCCAUUUGAUGGUGAUUCAUUCUUGAAUAUGGCAGUUUCGUCAGCCAUGGAGGGCCUCCAGGAAUCUGUGUCUGAUGAUGCAAGUGCAGGUCAACAGAUGAUAACAAGGACUCAGGAAUCUGAAGCUGAACAUAUUAAUGAAAUUACUGAGGGAAAAUCUGAAAAAUGUGAAUCAUAUCCAUCAGUUCCCAAAACUAGAGUGAAACAUAAAUUAAUACUACGCCGAUCACGUCGUAGAUGCAGGCAGAAAUUCUUUGGAGCUCGUCCAGGAGCUCGCUUAGCUGCCCUUAAAGCUGCGUUAGCUGCCAGAAGAAACAAAGGAAUUCAACCAAGGCAGGAUACUGGAAGUGAUAAUGAAGCACUAGGAGAUAUGGUGGAGGAUGGGCUGAAGUGCCACCUCUGUUCUCAUGUGGCACAUGACACCACACGCUUGGAACAGCACUUAGCACUGGUUCAUGAGAAGGAUGUUACAUACAAAUGUGGUAUAUGUGGCUUCAUAUGCCAGUGGAACAAAGAUUAUUUUAGCCACAUGAAAACCCACUUUCAAGGACCUCCUUUUAAAUGUGAUUCUUGUGAUUAUACAUGUGACCGACUUCAUCUUGUACUGACUCAUCGUAUGAAGCAUUCCGAUGAGAGACCUCAUCGCUGUGAUCGUUGUGGAUAUUGCUGUCGAACUCGCCCCAAUCUUUUGGUUCACAUGCGCUGCCAUACAGGAGACCGCCCGUACAAGUGUGAGAUGUGUGGGCGAGCAUUUGCAAUGAAGAGCACAUUGGAGCAACAUCUAGCAAGUCACAGCAGUGAACGUCCUUACCUCUGUGAUAUAUGUGGCUUCUCAACAAAAUAUCUUAGUCAUCUAAUAGCACAUAAAAGGAUUCAUUCAGGUGAUGUGUACAGAUGUUCAUAUCCGCAAUGUAAAUAUUCAACACCAAAGAAAUCGCAAUUAGGAUCACACGCUCGCACUCAUGCUGGAGUUCGCCCACAUUCAUGCAAUAUCUGUGGGCGUGGCUUUCUCGAGAAGAGCCACUUGGUAAGACAUGAACGUAUUCAUCUCGAGGAGAAGCCGUUUAAAUGUACUCAAUGUGAAUAUGCAAGUUCACGAAGGGAUAAGCUUAAGGAACACUUUGGUCGCCACCAUGGAGAAAAUGCUUCAGCUAAAGUACCAUAUAAGGCUCGUCCUAUGAGAGGAAAUUCUGCUUCAUCAAGUGGAAGCAGAAGUUCAAAUAAGAAUUGCCAGGAUGGUAAUAGUGGAACUUUCAGUAGCACCAACAACAUACCAGACAGAAGUUCCACCAAUCCACAGCAUCAGCCUCUAGGUGGAGGAGAGAUGGACCUUAUGAUGCAACAUCAUGCCCCUAAUUCUGCGUCUGCUUCUACAAACAACCAACCCCAUCCUCAGCCUACUUCAGGAUAUCCAAACUUCCCAGAUGCUCAUCAUUCUUCAAUAGACUUCCAUUCCCAUCACCACCACCAGUUAUUAAAUAGGCCAGCUUCUAAAACAGACCACCAUGGCUUACAUCAUCAUCAGAAUCCAUCACAUCAUCACAUGCUUCCACCAAGUGUUGCCUCUUCAAGGUCGCAACAUCAUCAAACAUCGGCUGCUGCUGUAGCAGCCAUGAUGCUAGAUCCCAGGUUCCAUCAUCCGAAUCCAAGUGGACCCUAUCAUCCUGCUCCGCCUCCUGUGUCCAUGGCGGCUAUGGUGGCACAAAGUGGAGCAAAUCAGAGUCAGGCAAUUUCUGGGCAGCACCACCAAGGAGAAUAUCCGUGUAUGCCUCUUUUUUAAUGUUUGUUCCAUUACAUGUUAUGAUGGUGGGGCAGGCAGUCUGAUUCUGUAAAUUCUAAAUAUCCUGAAGUCCAAAAUGGCAGAAGUCUUCUGGAAUGAGGACUAGAAUACAGUGGAAUAAAGUAGAAGUCAUUCACGCAGAAUGGAGAAAGUAUUAUAACUUAAAGAAUCAGUAUUCAUUACAACAACAAAAUAAGUCACAAUGACAAUGUAUUUAUGGAUGUUAACCAUCAUCCUAAUUUUAAUUAACAGAAAAAGGAGAUGUUUCAGAGACUGGAAUCUGUGUACGGCAUCAGGUAAAUUCCGGCCCAGAAAGGAACUAACUUUCUUUAAUUGGUCCCAGCAGAGUAGGUAUUACCUGCUUAUUAACUUACUCUCAACAUGUAUGGAAAUUUGCAGAGUGAAAAUAAUUUCAAAGAUAACCUUACUUGAAGCAAAAGAAAAGGCCUACAUGAACUGAAAAUUUUUACAGAAUUCCAAGAGAUGUUGGUAUGGAUAAAACAUCAGAGUUAAAGAGUAGGAACUGACCAAAGACAGGUCUGUGGCAGACCAUUUACAAGGUUAAAUCUACUAUUCAUUUCUGUGAAAAUGAUUGUUAGUAGACAUAUGCUUUGCUGUUUAAACAUUUAAGUUUGUUAGUGUUUACCAAAAAUCAACACACAUUUAUUCUUGCAGGCAAAUGCAAUAUAAAAUAAAUUUUAAGAGUAUUAUAUUAUUGUUUAAGCAGUAAGGUACUACAUAAACAAGGCAGUUUUAAAAGUAGGUAAGUUUUAUGUGUUUUUGUGUAAUUAAUUUAGUAACUAAUACAUUUGUACAUAUUCAUAAGCUCUUUAAUGUCUGACCACUUAAGUUGUGCACUGCAAUUUCUGUGGGAGCUUGCACUAAGUAACUUUACCACAGGUGGUUAAUGACUAAGAUUGCUUUUCAUUGUAUUCCCUUCAUAUUGAUUGUACAUGGAUUAAGUCAUCAUUCAUCUUUUUAAGUUUCAAGCUUUUUGGAUUUGUUACAUUGUUAUGUAUCAAUUUCUUGAUUGCAGUUAGAUUUAUUAAAACAAUUUCUUUUACUAAAUAUUAGAAAUAUUAUUACCAUACUCCAGUUAAAGUUAACCUACCUUAACACAUGGAUGAUAGUGCUAAGCGUAAGUGCCUGUCUAUAAAUGUUAAUUAUAGAAUGAAAGUUUUAAGAUUUAUUAUUAUUAGUGCAGAGUUUUUUGCUUUAUAUUGCAAGAAAGUUCUGUUGCAUCCUGUAUCUUUUUGCACUUCAUAUACUGUUUAAUUUAUGUUAUAUUACCCCUAGCUAUUUCAUAUGAAACAAGAGGAAGACAAAAUAUAUGUAGAUAUAUUACAAUGUAUUAUAAUUAUAGGUUAAAAUGUAUAAUUAGCAGACUUGGUAGACUGUAAGAUAGAGUCUGUUAAGCAUUUAGAGUGUAUAAGGUAACUUCUGACACUUAUUUAAUUUGUGUGUACUGAAUAAAUAGCAUACAGUACAUUUAUCUGUUUCACAAGAAUGGAUGUAAACAGAUUCCAUGAGAUUAAGAUAUUUUCAGAUUUUAGACAACUGAAACAGUUUGAGCAUUGAAUGGAAAGAGAGAAAGCUGAUGUGUGAAAUGUAAAAUAUAUGAGAGAGGAUAAAUUAUAUAAACUGUAAAAACAUUAUUCUAAUUCUAGCCCAUAUUUAAGAUUUUAAUUGCAACAGUGACCAAGGAUUGAGAUUAUGAUACACUACCUGCUGGUUAAGCCUGUAAGACAUUUAUGGUGAUAGAUGAUAAAUGGACAGAUAUGUAAUUUUGUUUAUCAGGUGUCAUUUCCUCAUUCAAGAAGUUAUAUGCUGUAAGCAUGUUACAUGUGAAUUGGCAUGUCAAAUGAUGUUUGACAAUGAGUACAAAGGGUUAAAUAUUUUCAUAUUUGUUUCUCAUUUAUGGUUUGUGUGUGUGUCCUCAAGUAUGUGCUUUAAUUUGUCACAUUUCAAACAUGAGUAUUGUACAGCAUGACCAACUGAUCUGAAGGCCCAUAAAAAUAAUAUGUGACAGUGA